GUUAGGGCUAGUGAGCAUGGACGCGGAGGUUGUGCGUGGGAUGCUGAGGCGCAUAGGCCAGGAAUACGUGGUGGAUUUCACAUUUGGGGAGAGUAUGGUCCAUGAUCCGGUCACAGAGAGGGAUUAUUUCCCGCUGAUCAUGAGUCUUAAGGAUUUUGGCGAUGGAUUUACCAUGACUGGGGGGAGAUUUUACCCCGCAGAUGAAGAGGGCGUGCGUUGCACUGCAGUAAUACUUGAUGAUGCUGAGGAUGCUGAGAGGAACCAGUAUAUGUUUUCCAAUGUGCAGAAGGUCUCUAAGGAUGGUGAGGUGCUUGAAUCUACAGAUUGGGAGGUGAAACCAGAUUGGCGUAAAGCCCGGUGGUGUUGGAAGGAGACCCAGGAUGAAAUAAAUGCAAGGAUCCAAGAUGCUAUUGCACGAGGCGCUAAAGUGUACGGAUAGUCCUCCUGCCUUUGGAAAUAGCUCCAUCCCAUUGCUUUAGUCAUCCUUGCUCUUUGUAUUGUGCAACAUAUCAAUUCCUUAUCCCAUUGCAUUAGAUCAUGGCCUUCAAGACCUUAAAAAACAACUAGUCAUAGAAUGACAAGUUAUAAUUUUGUAGUGUGUUGCAGAAGCCAAUAAAACAGAUUUUACAGUUCUUAA